AUGGAAGUUGAUCUCAUCGACCAAACCUGCAAAGUAACACCAAACUACGAUCUCUGCGUCUCCUCUCUCGAAUCAGACCCUCGAAGCGCGUACGCCGACGUUGCAGGCUUAGGCCUCAUUAUAGUUAACGUAGCCACUGUUAAGGCAACAGAUGUUGUGAACAAAAUCGAGGAGCUGCUUAAGCAGAACCCUGAAGAAAAACCCUUAAAGUAUUGUACUCGCUAUUACCGUAAAGUUUUGGAAGCUGACAUCCCGGAAGCCAGUCAAGGUUUUCGUUCGGGUAACCCUAAGUUUGCAGAGGAAGGCAUGAUCGGCGCCACUGGCGAGGCUGAAUCAUGUCAGAGUAGUUUUUCUGGCAAGUCUCCUUUGACAGAUAUGAACAAAGGUUUCCAGGAUGUUUCGAAUAUAGCUGCAGCAAUUGCUAGAAUUUUGAUUUAA